GGGAGGGGGGGUCGUGCUGCUGGUGGAGGAGCAGGAGGAGGAAGAGGAGGGAGAAAGGAGGAGGAGGAGGCGGAACAGGAAAAGAACGACGGAGUUCGACCAGCGGCCCGCAGAGCCCACCGCACCUCCGGUCCCCGCAGCAUUGCCGGUGACCAGGGAGAGGGAGCUCACCCCAAAUCUCUCCGGGGGUCCCCGAGAGGUUUGGGGUUUUUCAUUAGGAAUGGCGUUGGGAGCUAAGAUACUCCAGAAUCGCGCCGCAAAUAUCUUUGCAUGUCCCUGGGAGGUUUUUUGGGGAGGAGAUGGGGAUAUUUUCAGAUCUUGCAGGAGUGCAAAGCUGAGCCGUAGUUGCCCCUGGGGGGAUUUUGGGGUCCCACGCAGCGAUCGCGGGGUGCCGGCGGGGCGGGACGUUGGUUUUGGGGAUCCCGGGAGAGGCGGGGAUGAAGGGCGGGAGGCCCGGAGUGGGGAGCGGGGCGAUGGCAGAGCUGGGGCAGCUCCGGCAGCCUGGAGGGGUGGUGGAGGCUGGAGAUGAGGCGGGUCCGGGCCCCCCGAGCGUGAAAGUGUUGUCGGGGAGUGGGGGAAGAAGCGCUGAGUGGCUGGAGUGGGGGAAUGCUGAGGAAGGGGACCCUGGGACAGCUGGGAGCCGAGUCAGAAGCAGGGCAGGAUGAGCCCUGGGAGCCCCAAAACCCCCUGAGCGAGCCGAAGCAGGAGGCGGGAGAGGGGGGAUCCCCAGGACCCACGGGCCCCCCAGCAGCUCUGAGAAGAGGGACCCCCAUAACCCCAAAGGAAGGACACUGGGAACAGGGAAGCCCUGGGAGAGUGUUUUUGGAGUCCUUCUUGAUUUUUGGAGGAUUCUAUGGACGCCAGGCAGGUGGUGACUUCUAGAGAUGAACUUGGACAGCAGGACCUUCAAAGCCAAUGCACUCACAGAAUUUUUUUCUCGAAACCAGGAAUUUUCAUUGCCAAACUUUUACUGAAUGGAGGAAGAGAAGGCUGUGAGGAAGAGGAAGUUUUCACAGGACCCCCAGGCAGACAAGGAGGCCAGGGAGGACAAAUCCUCUCAGCAGAACCUCAUGGAAGAGGCUGUUUUGAGCGGCCCCAUGGCACAGGAAUGCCACAGGGAGGAAAAGCCGUGGAGAUCCCACCUGAGGAUGGGCUCCAAACCCAUGCCAGGGUGCUCCGAGGAGGAAGGACCCACCCUGUGCCAGGAAGGCAGCCAGAGAUGUGGCCAGAGCUCUGAGCUGGUGGUGCAUGAACAGCUUCACAAUGGCAAGAAGCUGCACAAGUGCUCGGAGUGUGGGAAGAGUUUCUACACAAACUCCAGCCUGCUCCGGCACCAGAAGAUCCACAGUGUGGAACGGCGCUACGAGUGUGGGAAAUGUGGGAAGCGCUUCAGAGACACUUCUGACCUGAUGAUCCACCUGAGAGUCCACACUGGGGAACGGCCCUAUGAGUGUGGGGAGUGUGGGAAGAGCUUCACUAGGAGCUCCCACCUGAUCACCCACCACAGGAUCCACACUGGGGAACGGCCCUAUGAGUGUGGGGAAUGUGGGAAGAGCUUCACUGUCCGGUCCAGCCUGACUGUCCACCAGAGAGUCCACACUGGGGAAAGGCCCUAUGAGUGUGCAGAGUGUGGGAAGAGCUUCACUGACAACUCCACUUUAUACAAGCACAAGAAGAUCCACAGUGUUAACGGCCCUAGAAAUUUGGAGAAUGUGGGAAAUGCUUCAUGAAGAGCUCCCACCUCAAAGGCCACCAGGUGAUCCACACUGGGAUAUGACCCUGUGUGUGUGGGGAGUGCGGGAAGAGCUUCCAGGACAGCUCUGGCCUGAUCAUGCAGCAGACAGUGCACACUGGGAAAUGCACCUACACGUGCUCAGAAUGUGGGAAGGGCUUCAUCCAGCACACCAAGCUGCUUGUCCACCGGCAGAUGCACACCGGAGAGAGGCAGUAACAGUGUCCUGAGUGUGGGAAGAGCUUGUCCCAAAGCUGUGCCGUGACCCAAGAGCAAUGGAGGCACCAGGAAGGGAAGCUCUGCAAGUGCCCCACAUGCGGGAAGAGCUUUGUGCGCUGCUCCAACUCCAUCCCCCGUUGGAGGAGCCCAUUGGAUGAUCCCCAGUGAGCCCCAUUGGGCAGAGCCUUGGAGAUCCAUGGUCCUGGUGAUCCAUGUUGAGAAGUGCUGGGGUUGGAUUUGUUUCUUUUUCACUUAGAGAAUUUUUUUCCCCUAAGUUGCUAAAAGACUAAUGACUGUGUGCUUGACUAAAAGAAAAAAGUGUCCAAAGGAGAUGGCAGCAGUGGGCUACACCUGUUGUUUUUGAGUCUCUGGGAGUUUCCCUCAGAGGGAGGAGAUAAGUGGAGUUUUGGGAGAGGUAAAGGACAGAGCUGGGGGCAGCUGCUCGCUCUUGCUCUGGGCAUGGGAGAGAGGACGGUCGGGCUGGUGCUUGCUGCGGGAAGAGCUCACGGUCAUCACUGCAUCUUGCCCUGGGAAAUUGCCAUCAUCUGCUCAUGUGCUCGUGUGCCCAGGGAUUCUGAGCUCGCCUCCCCCUGCCCUGCUGGGCUCGCCGUCUCAGCAUCGCGGCCUAUUCGGGGCUGCUUUGAGGCUUUCUGCUACUCUGUAGCCCUGCCCUGCCCUGCCGGGACAUCCCUGCCGCUCCAGCUACCAGCACAGAGCUUCUGAGCUCAUCCACCAGCCCGGGGCUUUCCACCCUUCCAGCUUGGCCUCUCAGAGUCCUGCUGGGCCACCGGGAUCAAACUGCCCUGGGCUUUGUGAAAGAAAGCCCUCAAGGCUCCUGGUUCUAUUUAUUAUUAAUGCAGUAGUUGUUGUUUGUUUGCUUUGUCAUACAUACCAGUGAAGAACUGUUCUUCCUGGCCCCAUCCUUCUGCCUGAAAGCCCCCCUUAAUUUUCUACAUCAUCAUCAUUUGGAGCGAGAGGAUUUGAAUUCUCCACCCCUAGGGAGGUUCUACCCCUCCCUAUCAGAUUUCUGUCUGUCAAACCAAGAAAGGAAGAGAGCUGGCUGGUGGUCUGCACAUCUUCCUGGCCCCCUGUGGGCACCUGGAUGCAACAGGACCCCAAGGGGACGUGGCCAUUGAUGGUGACAUGGACAUGGAUGGAGACAUGGGGGUGACAUGGACAUGGAUGGAGACAUGGGGGUGACAUGGACACGAGUGGGGACAUGGAGGGCCAAGAAUGGGGGCAUGGUGGGGAUACAGGCAUGGGUGGGGACAUCAGGGCACACGGACAUGGGUGGGGACAUGGGGUGAACUUCCAGGGAAUGUGGGGGAUGAUGAGUUUGAGUGAACUGAAGGCUCCUGGGAGGGACAUGGGGUGCUGUGUCAUGAAACUGAAAUUCCAGAUCAUCCCAGCGUGGUCCAUGGAUCCCAGAGGGGAAUUCCCAAGGCUCCCAGGGUGCUGGUUCUGCCCUGCUGCCCAGGGGAGCUGUGUCCAAGGGGCAGGUGACAAGGUCCUGAAGCUGUGUAGGCUGACAAAGCAGACAGCAAAGGUUGGUUUGCUGGACAUUUUCCAGCCCAUUGCCAGCUCAAAUCAGAGGGAAGAAGAAAAGGAAAGUGAGUCCCUGACAGAAUCCCAGAACCAUUGCAGUGGAAAGGGCCCCUGGCCGUGGGCUGCAGUGGCAGGAGGGAGAGACGCCUCUACCCCACAGAGGUGCAAAUGAGACCACAGCAGCACAGCCUAUGGAUUUUAUUGAACAUGUGUUUAAUUGAAUGUUAUAAACAGUCAUGUAGUAGUUGGAUUUUUCUAUAUUUUAUUUGCUUUAGUUAUAAAAUGGUAAUUUCUUGUAAAGAAUAAUGGUAAGUUCUAAACUGCUUUGAAGUAGGAUAAAUAUUGUAAACGUUUGUGAGUAGUGUAAAAGGGGAAGCGAAGCUUUCAGAAGAUAUAAGUGGGCUUGCAAAAGCUGUAUUUUAAGGUAUAAUUAUUAUUGCAAUAUAUAUGUCCAAGAUAGUAUAAACGGAGAGCAGAAGAGCAUAAAAGGAGAAAUAGCAAAACCCCUUAAAGUGGCAUCAGAGGACCACCCUAGACCUCUGAUGUGUUCAACUAUUGAAUUGUGCAAGGUUGCAGAAAAUCUGAAUUAAGAUUGUUGACAACGAGCUCAAACUAAAUCUGCUAAAUCACUUGAGGAAAUAAUACAUCUGCAAAGGUAUAAAAGACUGCAGACUCAAGAAGUUGGUGUGUACUAGCUUUGGCAGGCCCCUGUGUCUUUUGCUUUCUGUUUUAUCCCUUAUUAGCCUUUAUUAAAACUCUUAAAAUUUUCAGAAGAGUGUGCUUCGUUUCUGACACUGAACAAGAAAUGUGAGGCAAAGAAAUAGGAAAGAGGUGUCAGAGAGGAAAAGAAAUAGAAAUUCCUCUGGCUUGGACUGUGCAGAUGCCGGACAGACCCGCAGUGCCCAACGUUCCCCGCUUCCACCUCUUAAAAAUGACAUUAUUUCAUAAAAAUAACAUUGGCUCCUGCAUUUGUGUUUUAGCCUGUUGUUAUUAAUCAUAAGUAUUUUAAUAUGGUACAAAUUGUAACUCUUUUGAACUGCUUGUUAAUACAACAUAAUCUGUCAGUUUAAAUAGGAACUGUAUUGCUCAUAGAAAUAGUAGUGUAAUGAAUAUAAUGUCUAUGUAUUCCUUACAGAAAUAAUUUUGUGAUGAAGGGAUUGUACUCUAGACCUUAGCAAAACAGAAGCUGUGGCUUUUGUGUGAGUAGGAAGAAGAGUGUGAGGCCAUGCACUGCCUGCCCUGCCCAAGGGAUAACAGUGACACAAGACAGAGCACCGGAGGAGACUGGGGGAGAGCUCGUUAACUCCUCUGGUCAGAAAAGUGUGAAACACCAAGGAUGAAAUCACUGGAGGGAAUAGAAUUGAUUAACUUGAUCUUAGGAUGUCAUACAGGUGAGUCAGGAUGGGAAACCUGAACACGAAGAGCCCCUGCAACAUCCAAAGCUCUGGGGAAUGUUUCAAUAAUGUAUAAACUAACAGAUACGCAUGUAAGCCCAGCAAUAUAACAGUAUAUGGAGAAUAUGAUUUUAAGGUGUUUUUUUGGUGCUCUUUGGCCCUUCGUCAAAAGCCCCCAGAGCUGGAAAUACUGCCCUUCUUUUACCCUAUUUUUAAACUAAAAAAUUCUGAAGAGUGAGCUUUGUUUUUCACAGGGAGCAGUGAAGCCCCUUUGGAACCAGCUUUUUUUGUAUCUGCCGCCCCUCCAGCACCAGGAACCCACCCGGGAGCUGCCUGGGACCCAUCUUGGAGCCGUGGUCACUGGGCCCUGUUGCUGGGGGCAGGUUCCCUGUAAACAAUUGCUGGGAGCUGUUGCUGAGGGGAGGGGCUCUGUCACAGUGGAGCCUUUUGUGACACCCCACUGUAGCCCCUGUGCUCAGUGUCCAGCAGGACAGGACAGGAACACAGAGCUGGAGAGGAGUCUCUGCUCAAAAGCUUGAGACGUUCCCUGCUUUAUCAGCAGCCUCUGGUGCUGAGGUUUUUCCCUCAAAAUUCCCAUUUCCCCCUUCUCCUCCUCCAGCCUUUUGCUUCCUGCUGAAGGAUGGAGAAGAAACCCCCGAGGCAGCCCAGGGUGGCCUGGCAGGAGGACGGGGAUCCCCAGGAAAGCAGCUCCCCAGUGCAGCCCUACAAGGUGACAAUGGUGCAGCCCCUGCAGGCGGAGGAAGGACACCAAGCUGAAGUUCCUCGAGAGCAUCUGCACCCUGUGCAGAAGCGCCACAGAACGCGACUCAUUGCUAGGCCUGGAGCUCUUCUGCCGCGGACACAAACUGGCAGAGAAGAUCGAGGAGCUGCUGAACGAGGAGCCCCAGAACCAGAUGCGCACGGAGGUGCGGCUGCUUGCCUUCUCGGCCAUCACUGCUCUCAGCUCUGUGGUGUCGGUGCUGCAGGACAGCACACAGCUGAUGAGCUCCUGCUUUCGGAGUGUCCUCUGUCUUCCUCCAGAGGAGGAUGUGAUGACCCUGGAGGCUUCCCUCUAUAUUCAGACCCUGGAGGCCAUGGACACCAUGCUGAAGGCUGUGGUGCACAACUCUCCUGGCAAGGUGCUGCAGGACAUCUUGGAGGUGCUGCUCACCUUCACCAACUCUGAGAGAGCAGUUGUGAGGAAAAGGGGCUUGGAGAGGAUUUGCCUCCUGAGCCAUUGGCUGGCUGGCUGUUCCACCCCGGAGAAUGAGGAAAGACGUGACGCCUGUGCACGGAUCCAGAUCCCAGUCCUCAGGAAGUUGUUUGGACGCCUCAUCCUCAUGUCAUUUGAGGAAGAGAAGACCAACCUUGUGGCUCUGGAUGCUCUCUUUGCCCUCUUAAAAUUCAUCUGUCACCAGAAACGUAAGAGAAGCUGUGGUGGGCUGCAUCCCCGCCCACAGUGACAUCCCCUGAUAGAUCUGCUCGUC